UAUACAUAUACAAACACAACGUGUGUGGUGUAUUCACAUCUCUCGGCAAACAGAAAAAAAAAUUUAUUAUAAAUUUAUUUUUAUUUUAAAUUGUUUCUAAAAGAAUCUAUAAAUUUUUCUUUUCUUUAAAAAAAAAAAUAAUUUCCGGAAACGUGUUUUAUCAUAAACAGACAAAAAAAAACAAUUUUUUUUUUUGUUAAAUGUGCUCCACAUUUGACUCUCGCUUUUUAAUUUGAGAUACACACGUUCGAUAUAUUAUACAUAUAUAUGUAAAUCAGGUCAAGUGCGUGUUAUACUCGCUCGAUUUUGUGGCAAAAAUAAAAAAAAAACAAAAAAGUUUCUUCUCAAUAUUUAGAAUUUUUCAAUAAGUGUGUAAAAAAAACGUUCGUGUCUCAAGAAUCCCAGAAUUAAUUUUUAGUAAAUUUUUAAAAUUGUGCAAAAGUGCUGAAAUGUGAAAUUUCAAAUUAUAAUUUUCAAUUUCAAGACACAUUGAAUUCUACGAAAGGAUUUGAAAAAUUAAAUUAUGAGUGAAAAUUAAAAAGGAAAUGUAAAAUGAUUAUACAAUAUGUUAACAAAUAGGAGAAUGGAUUUGAAUAUUUUGAAAUAGGGAGAGAAAGAGAGGGAAAGACGGCGGAAAAAACAAUAUGAAGUGAGAGAAGUUAUAACGAAGACAUGUGUUCAUUCUAGUCAUAUACAUUUAUAAAGGAAUGCAGUUUUACGGUGAACGCCUGUCACUUGAUUAUGUCUUUAUAAAUGACUCAACAAAGUGUUUAUCAAACCUGCGCUGACUAAAAAUCCAAUAAUAACAAUAACGUUAUUAAUUAUUUAAGCAUGUGCUCAGUCAGUGACAAUAAUUGUGAAAAUGAGACUCAAAUAUAAAAUCAUCAUACCCUGCUUCCUACUUCUUUCAAUUGCAAAUUUUGCCAAAGCUUAUAUCGAAUGUUACAAAUGUCCAUUGGAGCCAGAUGACAAUCGAAAGGAAUAUGUCGAUUGUCCGGCUUUCGAUGGAAGUAUCAAAUUUAAAGUUCAAUGUUAUACAUCGACAUUUUGUGAGAAAAAAAUUACACAUCUAACAAUUGCAAAUGGAACGAAAAUAACAAGAGUCGUUCAUCGUGGAUGUGCACCGCAAAAUGAUCCCGAACAUUAUCUUGAAAAUAAACAAUGGGAACUCAGGGAUAAUAUUCAACGAUAUCUUUAUGAACCAGGUUGUGUUCAGGAUAUUGAUAAAAAUUCACCAACUGGUCCAGCAACAUAUUGUUAUUGUAGUACUCAUUAUUGCAAUGGAUUUUUAUCAUCUCAUUUUAUAAGCAAGUUUCAUUCUUUUUUACUAUUGGCAUUAGUUACUUCAUAUUUAUUAUUAUUAUAGAAAAAAAAAAAAUUUUCUAAUUAUUUUUCAAUCACGAAUAUUUUUCAUUUCGAUUAAAUCAACUUUCAUCUCUAGACUAAGAUUAAAUUAAUAUUUUUCUACUUAUAACCGAAGGAAAAAAAAAUUUACAUAUUUUAUUAAAAAAAAGAAAUGUUUUUGACAAAAAUUACGAGAAAUAAAAAUACCGUUUUUUUUCGAAAAUUUAAUAUAUAAAUAAACCAAAGUUGGACUUGAAUACUUAAAUUUUACUGAUAACAAACUUAAGCUGUGAAUUAUUUAAUUUUAGAAAAAAAUUUGCAAAGAAACAUUUAAUUUUCUUUUUUGUUAAUGAGAAAGUAAUAACAAAAAAAUUAAUUUAAAAAAAACAAUUAUUUUUCAAUAAUUAAAUCAAAUUAAAUUAUUUUUAAUCUUAGGUAUUAUUAUUAUUAUUCUCGUCAUAGUAAUAUUUAAUUAUUUAAAUUAGAUAAAUAAUAUUAAGAGUUAAUUUGAAAAAUUAACAUUUCUAAUAACCGAAUUAAAAUUAAUUUUAACAUAAAAAUGUUAAAAUUAAUCAGCGAAUUUCAAAAAAAAAAUUUAACAAAAAUUGUUGAAUUUUCCUUUUCUAUGUACACUGCAAUUUACCAAGAAAUUUAAGGCUGUUUAUUCGAACACAAAAGCCAAAAAGUUGUGAUAAUGUCUAUAGAUUAGUUAACGAAUUUGUUAAGUAGUCUCAGAUAGAAAUUACACGAUUAAUGUAAUAAACAUUCAAUAUGUUAAAAUAUUUAUAAAAUGUUCCAUUAAUAAAAAAUAUGAAAAAAAACACAA